GCAACAGAGCCCAAAUACCAUGGGACACGAGCAGGACCAUGGUGCAUUAGGCGAUGGGAAGCACGCAAGCGACACCGAGAUGCAGCACCAGCAGCUGGCACAUUCACAGUCGGACGAUUCCACGGUCCAGCUGAAGAAUGGCACGGCAAAACUGACCGUCCAGUCGGCGGGUGAUCUGAAGCAAACGAUCCUCGACGGGCUGGAGAAGAAAGGCGAUCGGGGACUUUGGUUGUGGGUCCUGUUCAUUCUCUGCCUGACGCCCAACAUCCUCAACGGAUUCCACGUGUCGUCGUACGUGUUCCUGGGCCAGCUGCCCCAAAACUACUACUGCAUGGUGCCCGAGUUGGUACAGGCCGGCUGGAGUCAUGACGAAAUUCGUAGCAUCACCUCACCAACUGGCACCGCCAAAAACGGCACCUGCACGAUCUACACCUGGAACUACGGGCAGCUGAGCGCGCUUAACUACAAGGAUGCCCUCAGCUACACCCAAUCGCACCCACCACCAGCUGAGGUGAACUGUCUGGCCACGGCAAACAGCGGUGGUUGGCAUAUGCACUACGAUCAACCGGAAGGUGUCUCGAUCGUGCCCGAAUGGGAUCUGUUGUGUGAGCGUACGGCUCUUCGAUCCACGGUUCAGGUGGCCCUAUCGAUCGGGAAGUUUGUGGGUGCGUCCACGUUCGGUGUCCUCUCGGACAAGUAUGGGCGGAAAACGAGCUUCUCGAUCGCGGCCACGAUGUACAUCGUGGCCGGGUUGUUGACGACCUUCUCACCGGUUUAUGUCCUGCUGCUGCUCGGUCGCAUUGGACUGGGUGCAUCCGCUUCCGGUGUGUUCUAUCCGGCGUUUGCAUUGCUCACCGAGAACAUUGGCAAACGGCACCGGUCCUGGAUGAGUAUCGCGUUCAACUUCUCGUAUCCCCUCGGAAUGCUGUGUUUGGCGCUGGCCGCCUACCUUAUCAAACCGUGGCGGGAUCUUUCGCUAGCCCUAACGGUUCCGUCCUUUCUGCUCGUCAUACACCUGUACUUCCUGGUCGAGUCCCCGCGGUGGUUACUCAGCAAAGGACGUGAACGGAAGGCGUACAGGAUGGUGUUCGGACAUAGCGCCCCCCAGGAGCUGGUUGACAGUGCGGUGGUGCCGGAAAAGACCCAAAACCCGGACGAGGAAUCUCAAUCGUCAGCCGUCCCAUUCGGAACACGACUCAAGCAGUCCUUCAGCGAGUUCACGAAGCUUUACGGAACACCGGUCCUUUGCCGACGGGCACUUAUAUGCCAUUUCACGUGGUGCAUCACUUCGCUGUGCUAUUACGUCACUGCCCUCAACGCGGACAACUUCGCGGCCAAUCGGAACGUGUACGUCGCCACCACCGGCUCGGUGGACAUCGUGGCGUACAUCCUAUCGAUGAUCGUGCUGGCGUACUUUGGCCGGCGCAGUUCAUCCUUCUGUUUCUUCCUUUACGCCGGCAUUUGUCUGCUGGUGGUGUUGGCUCUACCACAGGACAACACGACCGCACUCGUCACACUCGCGAUGAUGGGCCGGGUCGGCAUUACGGCAGUUUACGCCAUCGUAACGCUACACACGGCCGAACUGUUCCCGACCGAAAUCCGCAACACGGCCCUUGGUAUCUGCUCGACCAUGGCACACGUUGGCUCGAUCGCGGCACCAUACAUCACGGAUCUGCUCGGCCGCUUCGCCUGGUGGAUACCGACCACGAUCUGUGGUUGUGCGGUGCUGCUGGCCGGUGCCCUCACGUUGCUGCAUCCGGAAACCCGCGAUGCCGCGCUGAAGGAUCACGCACAGCAGGAACAACAGCACCACGGUGUGGCGGUGGACGAGGAAUCGGAUGAGAAGGAAAAAUCGAUCGCAGACCACUAGCUAGCGGGCACAAGCGGCUGUAAUCAUUUAAGGCUAGCCAGUAAGACAGUGUAAGGAUUCGUUGCUGUUUAUCGGUUCCAUUCAUUAAGGAGCACCUGCGAUGGAAUUCAACGGGUAGCGCGUUAGAUAGUAAGCGACGUCGGUGUAUACACCAGGCGUUCCGGACGCACCGCAACCGACACCGUACGAUAUGACGCCACGCAGCGCAAAGCGGGAGGAAAACGGCUUCCGGCACACGUACCCGCCACCCGAGUCACCCUGGCCACGUUCGAAACGGAAGGAAAGAGCAGUGAGUAACGCAUUUUUCCGCCGGCGUUUUCAUCCGGUGCACUCACCUUACACGCGUCGGACCGUCCAAUGGCGCAGAACA